AUGCAGGUGUCAAGAAAGAGCAGAGUGAAUAAGAUGCAGCAGCAACAAAGGGCAUGGGAUAAUCUACCUAGCACAGCUCUUGUGAAUAUAUUCUCCAAAUCCUCCCUCAAAGACCGCCUAUGUAACCUCCCCUUUGUCUGCAAAUCGUGGCUUAAUUCCUCUCGACACCCUCACUGUUGGGCCUCUUUCAUCCCAGAUUCUUGUUCUGCUGUUGAUGCCUUUGUUAAAUCUAAGGCAGCUUUUCUAAACCCUUUUGAUGGUAGACGCAGCAGCGAUCCUCAAGUUGGCAUUCUUGGUCUUCAAUCUCUAAUCGGUAAAGCUGGGGGUGGAGCCGCCCUCACCUCUCUCUAUUUCUUCCCUUUCCUCACUUCUCUUGAUGGACCUCCCAAUGACGACUCUCUUCUUUCCCUCAUCGCUCGUUCCUGCCCCAAUUUGAAGCACCUAUCAUUUCAUGGAUCCUUCCAUGCCUCGGAAGAUGUUUUAUUGGAAGUUGUACGUAGCUGUCCCAAUCUGGAACUUGUGGACUUCUCUGAUUCACCAUACAUCAUCCCCUCAAUUUUAGAAGAGAUGGGGAUCCAUUGUCCCAAUAUUAGAGGCAUUAGACUAAACGGAAUUGUGGAACCUCUUCUCUCAUCAACAAUCAUAAACUGCUUCCCAAAUUUGAAGCUUUUAAACCUUUCUGAUUCAAACAUUGGUGACAGAGACCUGCUGACCCUUGUGACUGGUUAUUCAAGACUUGAAUAUUUGGAUAUCAUGCGCUGCCAAGGCUUGAUGCGUUACAUGUACAUUAUUAAGGGAGCUCAUGGUCGAAUUGCUGAAAUUCACUAUGAUUGA